AUGGACAGUCCCUGGUUUCAAGGCCCGGCCUUUCUCUACGAGCUCGAAGAGGGCUGGCCCAAGCAGCGAACGAUUGCCUCAACCGAGCAAGAGCUUCACCAAGAUGCAGCGUGUAGCUGCAUAUGUUCUUCGCGGGUUGAACUUCGACGAGCAGAAGAAAUCCUCCUGAAAACGGCACAAAGCGAUUUCUACGCGGAGGAAAUUGCAGUUUUGGCUAAGACUCAAGGUCCACCCGAGCAGCGUCAUGCAAUCGUGGACAAAUCCAGCUCUAUCUACAAGCGGUGGCCAUACCUGGACGAGAGCGGAGUUCUGCGAAGUCGGGGACGAAUUGGCGCGGCACCAUACGUACCGGCCGAAGCUAAGUUCCCAAUCAUCCUCCCCAAACAACACCUAAUCACCUUCCUUAUCGUAGACUGGUACCACCGCCGUUUCCGUCAUGCCAACCGAGAAACCAUUUUCAACGAAAUCCGCCAACGGUUCGAGAUUUCAAACCUGAGACGACUACUGGAGAAAGUUCAGAAAGCGUGCGCUUUCUGUCGCGUAGCGAAGGCGAUGCCAACACCACCACCAAUGGCUCCGCACCCUGAGAUGCGCUUGACGGCUUUCGUUCAGCCCUUCACGUUUACCGGACUAGACUAUUUCGGGCCGAUACUGGCGAAGGUGGGUAGGGGCAACGUGAAGCGCUGGGUGGCACUAUUCACGUGCCUCACGACUAGAGCAAUCCACAUGGAGGUGGUACACUCGUUAAGCACGGAGUCCUGUAUCAUGGCAGUACAACGUUUUGUGGCACGCAGAGGCAACCCAAGGGAAUUUUGGACCGAUAAUGCUACCUGCUUCCAAGGCACCAGCAACGAGAUGAGGGCGCUAAAAGAAGCUAGAGACAAGGCUUUAUCCACAAAGUUCACGACCUCCCAAACUACCUGGAAGUUUAUACCCUCAGCGGCACCACACAUGGGCGGUGCGUGGGAGAGAUUAGUUCGGUCGGUCAAGGUAGCGAUUGGAGCGGUUAUGGAUGGCCCACGAAAACCCGAUGACGAGACACUGGAGACGAUUCUCCUGGAAGCGGAGGCCAUGAUCAACUCCAGGCCUCUCACCUUCAUUCCGCUGGAAUCUGCGGAUCAGGAGGCAUUGACCCCAAACCAUUUUUUGUUGGGCAACUCUUCUGGCACGAAGUUCCUACCCACCGUAAAGCUGGACAGUCGUUCAACACUCCGAAGUUGGCCAGGUACAUCACCGAUGAGUUCUGGCGCAGGUGGCUAA